UUGUAACACAGUAGUCUAAAUGACGAGGACCUAUACUUACAUAUAGGAUAUUGUACCACAGUAGUCUAUAUGACGAGGACCUGUGCUAAUACGUUGGAUCUUUCAUACUUGGAAGGAUUUUAAUUAUUACAUGAUAAAACAAUGUUGCAUUCAGGACUAUCCAUUAUUCAGAUUGUUGUAGUUAUCCUGACAACAACUAAGAGUCUGGAGACUGGUUAUGAUAGAGGAGAAGCUGAUUGUGUUGAAAACCGUCAGAGUAUAAAGUCUCAUAUGGAGAAAGGAGACUAUGGUUAUAUUACCUCUGCCUCAUUCCCGGAUAACUACACAGCAGAAGACGGACAUUCCUGUAGCGUUGUCAUCAAAUCAUGCAGUACAUGUUAUAUAAAAAUAACUUUGGAAAAUGUAACAUUUCCUCGAUGCAUCUUUAAACAUUCCAAACAGAGACAAGUUUGUAUAGCAGGCUGUGAUCAUUUGCAAAUCCAUGAGGUGGACCCACCUUACAUCAGUGUGACAAGGAAGAAUUACUUUAGUUCUGAUGAAGGACAGAUCUAUAUUUCCCUCUCGUCUAAUGUACAGAUCAGGCAUUGCAUGUCAAAUAAAACCAGUGAUCAUGGUAAAAGGUUUCGUGUCAUCUACGAAAUUAUGGAGAAGCUGGAAACUAAGCAAGGCAUGGUAACAUCACCUUUCCCAACAAAGGAACCGAGUGGAUACAUCACGUCACCAAACUUUCCAGAUGGGUAUGCUCUAAAUGGCGAAACAUUUACAUAUACCUUACAAAAUCUAGAUCCUUAUGGACAUAUCAGAUUAGUGUUUGAUGACUGGGAAAUAGCCAGGGAAAGUGAAAUACAGAUGUAUGAUGGCCUGUAUGCCCCCAAACCUGCUGGUGUUUAUAGACGGAAUAGCCGUCCGGUAAUUGUAUCACAUUCCAGUACCAUUAUAGUCGUAUUUGUAACCGGCAAAAGUAACCAUAGAUGUUGUCAACCAAUCGGAUUCAAAGCCUCAUAUUUCUUUGUAGCAGAAAAGUUUUGGGCAGAUAAACCAAAUAACAAUUGCAGUUUAAAACUUGACAAGAAACCGGGAGGGGUUCUUGAAUUAAGUCAAGUAAUGAAAAUAAAGCCAGCGAUAUAUGACUGUAUAUGGAUAAUAAAGCGGCCCCAAGGACGAACGUCAGAUGGUAUUCUACUUCGAUUGGUGGAGAUCGUUAUGGGUCAAGGAUGGAUAAAGUAUGGUAACAACAGUUUGGAAAUGAGAAAUGGGGCUACUUCACUGGGAAAACUUAUUGUCUCUUUCUCUUCCAGUAACAUCAGCUAUGGAAUGUGGUUGAGCUCAACUGACACGGUCUAUAUCAGACUGCGAGGGGCAUUAGAACCCGAGGACAAACUUAAAUUUAUAUAUACAGUUGUUGACAAUGCUACAGACGCUGGAUGUUCCAAGCCUUCAGAUUACUUAUGUGGAAACCUGUGGUGCAUUGAUAAGAACUUAAUGUGCGACUCAGUUGACCAUUGUGGCGACAAUACAGACGAAACACCACAUCUGUUAUGCUCUAUGUCAGAUUUAUGGAACAGAUGGACUUUAAAAAAAGACAAAGGAGAUGUCAGUAACCCAAGUAAAGCUGUAUUGAUAAACCCUUGUCUCGACGGAUUUGAAUGUCAAAGUUAUGAUCAGUGUAUACCUCGGUCUAAUGUAUGUGAUGGCUACAUGGAUUGUGAAGAUAAAUCCGAUGAAAUAUUUUGUGAAUACUAUUUAAAUACAGCCCAUCCGGUUGCAAUUACAAAAGUAUACUAUUAUGCAGUUAUAAUAGUUUUAUGCAUUCUUCCAACCUAGAGACUAAGGAGCAUUAAAACGAUCAAAUAACAAACCAAAUAGGCGAACAUCUCUUGUAUUAUUCGCUCUAAAGAAAAGACCAAAAGACUAACUGCUCUAGAAUUACCGACCAGAAUAGGGCAAGAUGCAGAACGGUGAUUGGCCACUAGUUGUGAUAGAAAACUUGUUAUGCAGCAAACAGCUACAACUGUGAUAUUUGUUUAUUUUUCCUGUUUAGGUUCAGUGAGUGAAAACCAUCAAAUUGUUUAUAUGCAAAGUUUUUUUUAUAUUUAUUAAAAUUCGUUUCUUCAGAAAAA